AUGAUCUUUCCAACCUUCGUCGUCGGUUCUUUGAUUAGUGCUACUGCCUUGGCACUCACUUACAAUCCAGAUUUGUUGACUAGAACCGUUUAUGAUUCUGAAAAUGGUGGUUACACUUUAACUACUAGGACUCGUCUGGGAUUCUCCCUGUUCUAUGCUCUACCUUCUGUUCUGUCGGAUAAUAAUGAGAACUUUAAAACUUUGAAGGACUUUAGUGCCUACACUGAUUACAUCGUCAGCUUCAACUCCAAGUAUAGGACACAAUUGAACUCGCUCUGGUCAGCUAAUGGCUACACAUCUUACGAUGUUUUGGAGGCGGCUAGUAGUUUGGUAAGUCAAUACGCAUUGACCUCGUAUAAGUUCACAUUCGAUGCAACCGAAACAGCACCUGUCACGGACUUUGGAUCAGGAUCUGGAAUUGACGUUGGGACAUAUUCUGAAUUGGACUUUGGCUCAUAUUCAUAUUCUGCUUUGGACUUUGGCUCAUAUUCAUAUUCUGCUUUGGACUUUGGCUCAUAUUCAUAUUCUGCGAUGGACUUGGGAUCGCUAACCGCGUUUAACUACAAAUCACUUACUGCGUCAAUGUUGCAGAGUUUGGGAACCGAAAUUACUGAGUAUGGUUUCACUCUCAAUAGUGAUGGGUCUAUCGCUGCGCUUGAUACUGCUAAAACUACUAGGGGGGGAGCUAAAACGGGUACAGAUGUUUCUCAGUCGGCAGGAGAGACUGCUCCAAGCACAGGAUCCCCCGGUAGUGAUGGAGGAGCAAGUAGUCUCGCCUGUCCUUAUCUUGUCUUGGCUUUUGUUUUUGGGGGAAUUUCAUUGUUGAUGUUUUAG